AUGACGCCAGAGGCCCAUGGCAUCAAAGUGCGCAAUGGGAAGCUUUGGGGGCUGGCAAAUGUCCUCGCAGAACUUGGAAGAAGAAGCGACUGGAGGGAAGCAUGGGAACUCUUGCAGGCAUGUAUGCGCUGGGAAGCUCGGAAGAGUUCUCGCUCUGAAAACGGACUCAAACCAGGACCUGAUGUAGUUGCGUUUAAUUCUGCUCUAACUGCUUUGGGCAAGGGAUCCUGGGGGCACAGCCUUGCGGUGCUCAAUGUUAUGAGGGCUUCAUUCAUCCGACCAACAUGUGUUACCUUCGGUGCGCUCCUCGGUGCCCUGGCCAGACACAUUGAAGGUGAAGGCCAUGAAGGCAUUUGGCUUCAAGCCAUGCAUCUUUGCCACACUCUCUUGACGGACAAUGGCUCUUCCUCAAGCAUGGAAAGUGGGGAUGCCGAACAGAUGCGCAGAAGCCAGGUGAUAUUCUUGAAUACUGCACUUGCAGCCUGUCAAAAACAUUGGUCCUUUGGAGUCCAUCUUCUACAAACAGCCUUGGCAAGAGGAUUGGAACUGGAUGUGAUAUCAUGGAAUUCAGGCCUGCUGGUUGCAGGCCAGAAGGACUGGGAGCACAGCUUAAACAUCUUGGAGCGAAUGAGCAAUUCAAGGAUGAUGCCGGACGCAAUUUCUUUAAACUCAUGCAUCAAAUGCUGUGCAGAAGGGCAUUCUUGGAGAAUCCUUCUGCUUUUGUCACGACGUGAAGGGAAGCAGCCCUGCAAUGUGCCUGGCCUCAAUGCUGCCAUCACUGGGCUGGCCAUUGUCGAAUGGCAGCAGGCCACGUCUUUGUUCCAACACAUGGCUGUGGAGCACCUUGCCCGGGAUGCGCGCUCCUUUCGGGCCGCUGCUAGUGCAACUGCUUCCUGGAUCCAGUUGCUACAAUUGCUCGUGGAUGCCGAGGUGGAAGACGUUCAGAUUGAUUUGACCUUUGGGAAUAUGCUGAGCAGUAGCCUCCGCAGGGUUUGGCAAAAAGCACUAAAUGUUCCCCAACUUUUGUUGUGCAGACGCCUUGAAGCAGAUCCUGUGACGUACUCUUCGCUAGCAUCAGGAUACCAGCAACAUUGGAAGCAUUCUGUCAUGUCACUCGUUGGGAUGAGCCAGCGGAGAGUCCCAAGCGAUGCGUACAACCUGGCAGCCUGCCUUGAUGCAUUGGCAAAGCGUUUGGCAUGGGAAAGAGCCUCAGCUAUGCUUGUCAGUCGGCCCCAAGCGUUCUGUACCGAUACGGCUUGCCUGGCUGCAAUUGAAGGCCUUAGCAAAGCAUCGGAAUGGAAUUUGUCUGCUCAGCAGCUUGAGAAGUUGGACUGGAAUGGCAUACAAAAGAAUGUUUUUAUGUACAGUGCUGUUGCCGCUGGCCGGUUCCUCAGUUUCAGUAUUCUUGCUCUUGAGAUUCUUAUUUGCACAUCUUGA